AUGGAACCAGGUAUUGAUAUUGAACAACAGUCCGAGUCCCCGUUGCUAAUAGCAAUGAAAGGCCAUUCCGACAGCAACAAGAGCAAAGUAGCCCAUGAACUGGCCCGGUUCCUCAAUUUCCCUCUCGUCGGUGAAGAAGAUAUCAUCCCAGCACUGCAGGAAUCACUUGAAACUGACCAUUAUGAUGACUUGCUACCUUUGGAAAUUCUCUCUCAAAUCACUUCAACCCAGCUCAGUUUAAAGCUCAGUGUUAUUGUGAAUGCUCAGCUCUCUCACCGUGCCCACUUUGACAGGUUGGUUGAGCUUGGAUGCUCCACAGGUGCUCAUCUAGUUGUCAUUGAAUGCAGCAAUGAAAAUGAUCAUGUCCAAGAUUACUACGAUGUUGGAAACGUCCCAAAGCUCAGAAUUGACAUCACAAAGCCAUUUCAUGCGGAGGACUUCAUCAAUGGUAUGCUUAAAGCUGCAGUGCUGAUUUAG